GGGAAUUUCGGGAAAAGAUGUAAAGGAGGGUACUACGAUCUCCGGUUCCUCCUCUGAUGAGCUUGGACGGGUUAUCAACGACAUGACAGCUCGGGAACGUUCAAGGAAAUUCUGUAGACUUUUAAAAGAGAUCUGCAACACUGAAAUUACGUCAUCACUUGAACAGCUCCUUCAAGUUUUACCAAAACGACGUCCGGGAGUCGUUCGUUCACAAAGGCGCAAAGAUCAAAAACCCUUCAAGACUUGCAUCUUUUUAGGCUCUGGUGGUCACACAAUGGAGAUGAUUCAACUUCUGGAAGGAGUUGACUUCAACUCACUUUACAAACCACGAAUAUACAUCGCAGCCGAAAAUGAUAAAUUGAGCUACGAAAAAGUUCAAAAAUUUGAGAGCCGUAAGGGCGGCGUGGAAAAUGUCAAUUUCAUUGUUCGAUUCAUUCCACGGAGUCGUCGGGUUGGACAAUCCUGGAUGUCAACUCCUUUUAGUGUCAUGAAAGCGUUAUUCGCGAGCAUAAAGAUUGUAUCAUUAGAUUUACCUGACCUGAUUAUUUGCAAUGGCCCCGGGAGUUGCGUUCCAGUUUGUGCAGUGGCGUAUAUACCGCGA